CAUGUGACCCGCUAGCCCCGCCCCCGGUCCUCAGGUGAUGCUGUUGAGUGGCGUCAUACGGGGUGUGGCUAACGCAGUGCGGCGCCUUCUCCCCAACAGACUGAAGCAGUCGCCGUCAUGUCGGACAACAACAACGGGGAAGAUCCCGCGCUGCACGGUUCCUGGGUGGAGCUACAAAUGAACGGCAAUGGGAACAGCAUAGACAGCAACAGGAAUGGAGGCCUGGAGCAUGUGCCUUCAUCCUCCUCUAUCCACAAUGGGGACAUGGAGAAGAUCCUCCUGGACGCCCAGCACGAGUCCGGACAGAGCAGCUCUCGAAGUAGCUCACAGUGUGAUAGCCCCUCGCCUGAAGAAGAAGGGCAGAUCACCUUCGAUGUGGAGAUGCACACAAGUAAAGACAGCUUCCAGUCUGAAGAGGAAGAGGGAGGAGAAGCAGAGAAAGAAGAAGAAGUGUUAAAGAAGAGCGCAGACUGGGUAUCCGACUGGUCAAGUAGACCUGAAAACAUCCCCCCAAAGGAGUUUCAUUUCCGACACCCCAAGAGGUCCGUGUCUCUGAGUAUGAGGAAGACCGGAGCCAUGAAGAAAGGAGGCAUUUUCUCUGCAGAAUUCCUGAAAGUUUUCAUCCCUUCUCUCUUCAUCUCCCAUGUCCUGGCUCUGGGGCUGGGCAUUUAUAUUGGGAAAAGAUUGACCCUCCCAUCCGCCAGUUCUUAUUGAUGGAGCAUGAUCUGGAAUUGAACCCUUGACCCCGUGAAGGUGUGUUCCCGUCACAUUUGUGCAUUUGGACUUUGCACCAUGUUAAGCAUGACUCAAAGCACCCUCUUCUUGUCACCCAUCUUACAAACCUGGGAGCCCUUUCUCGCAACAGUUUGGGGAGAUUCGGAGCACCGAUCUCUUAAAUGUGAAGAACCCAACCCAACAAGCAGUUACUGGAAGAAGCGUCUGACUGAAGCCGUCUGGCUUAUACCGUUCUUGCCUAACUCAGACCAGAAAUGUUCUCCUUGGAAGCAAUGGAACCCACCUGGGCAUGUCUACAAUGGGCCCCAGGGCAAACAACAGGAGCCCCAGAUCUUCAACUUGACCACCUUGUGGCAAGAAAACCCUAAAACACCUACAACAAUAGAGUGGUGUCCACGUAUCAUGCCCAUCAAAAUCAAAGAAAAAAGCCAAACAGCCCCCCGGGGCUCGUCUACAAUUCUAUUUGGAUUGCCUGUUUUUACCCAUCAAUAAUGGGAUAUUUGGAAUUGCCUUUUCUGAUCCUGACUCAGGACUGCCACUAAAUAUUAUACAGUGAAAGUGGGGACUUGAGGCUUGCUAAGAAGCAUUACUUUUUUUUUUUUAAUUUCUUUAUUUUUUAUUUUUUUUUUAGAUUGUGUGAUUUUGGAAAGGUUGAAGUAAACUAACUAGCCUGCCAAGACGCAGAGAAAGCAUCUUACAUAAGUAGCAACAAAGCCUAGUGUGAAUUGUACCGAUGAUCAUCUCAUAGAUACACUGCUCUCCCUGGAGACUAGCCACACACUGCCCUUCGGGUAUACAUAUAUAUACUGACCUUUGUGGAGAUACUAAUCACACUGACCACUACCCCCCCCCCCCCAACAAUGACAGGAUAGAUCCUGGAUCACACUAUACAGAGUAUGACUGCUCUUCCCCUAUUAGUAUAGCCAGGUCCUAGUCCUAGGUCCUUAUGUCUUCUCACCACCUUUAGAAGCCAGCACAGUGGCUUUCUUUCUCCUUUUCUUUCACAUUGUUUUUAUGUCUUUGUCGUUUGUCUUUAACAUACAAAAUGUGAAUUAGCAUUACGUAGAAGAUAUCGAAGAGCCUUUAAUGCUAGGACAUCCAUCCUGUGUGGAUCAUAUCCAAGGCCCCAGAUAUUAUACAUGAUCACAAGCCAAUAUGGAUGGCUUAUUGGACUGCUUGGAGGAUAAGGGAAGAUGAGAACCGCGGCUGUGAAAAACUAGAGGAGUUUGGCUUGUGACAUGAAGAAAACUCGGGGCCUUGUCACACGCAGAGCCGUGUAGCAAUGACUGCGCUAAGAGUGUAUUACAUUAUACUGCUGGCAAGGGACUGAAGCUUUCAUGUCAUGGAUUGUUAAUGCUAUCAGUUACCAAGGUCCUUCUUGUAGUAUACAAGUGCAGCAAUAUAUGCAAGUGAAGACUAGUGGCCAUUGUAGCAAAUAGAAGAGCUGCAAGUUGCUUCUGAUCGCCUAUAGAUGUUAUCCUAGAGAAUAUCAGACCUUUCUCUUGAUGUCUUCAUUGACAGAUGCACUCAUAAUCUAAUGUAUAGGCAGAUUGGACUGGUACAUUUGGUCUUGUCCAAUUCUAUAGUUUUUUCCCAAACCCCGCCCCUGAGGAGCUCGCUCAUCUUAGGCUGUGUAUGCAGAACUAGGGGAACGACUACACUAUUAAACUGGCACUUGCAUUCAUGAGUUCCCUCAGAGCUACAGGGAAGUGACAUGUGACCCCCCCUCGACUCUACUGAUUGGUUAAGACAGCCUACAGAGGGGAGGGGUAUAUACAGAAGGUGAUUUUCAGCCCCCUAGUCAGCAUUUCAGAGGAUUUUGUUGUCACACUGGUGCCUGAAGCAUUCGCAUUAUUGUUAAGGCGUCAUACAGGUGAAAUACAUUUAAAGAGACCUAUCAAGAGGACAACUGCUGGGAUGUCAUCACAAUUCCAGCCUUUGGAUAAUGCAUAAGUCCCUGCAUCAUCAUCAUCAUUAAUAUAUCUCUGCAGAUUACAUGUUGGAUAGACCUUAACCUGAAGAUACUUGGUCCCAGAAAUUUGAAAAAUUGUGUUAAGCCGUAACCCAAUUCACUGUAUUUGAAACGGCCAGGUGCCCGCUCAGUGCCCCGGUCCACGAUCCAGUGUUAUAUUUAUACCUACAUAGAUAUUAUGGUUUUACAGGACAUUGUGCACAUAUUUACAAGACAGAAUGAAAUCCAAAAGACUGCCGUGAUGGUUUGCGCCCUGCAGUCAGCAGAGCCUUGGAGUGCCGUGUUUACUUUACCUUUGUAGCCAAUAAUCAGGGUCGAAAGUGAGACGGGAGUUUGGUAUCUGCUUUUAUAUCUUCAUCUAUCAGAAUGGAAAAUCUAGAUGUUCCAUUUGCACCUGAUGCUUACACCAUGUGGAGGGAGCCAUGUUGGAGACCACACUAAUAUGAAGGAGAAGGCUUUCUGUCUAUCCUGACCGGGCGCUUGAGAGAUGUCACUGGCUCCUCAUACAGAAUGGCCCUCUCCAUGUGGUGUUAUCAUCAGGGGAGCUCUACGCCAGGAGGCGUAUACUGAAAUCAUACUUUAUAGAGUUUCCAGGGAAAUGCCUAAAUUGUAGCUGUACUCAUUUUGUACCAUUAAAGCUCUCACUAUAACUGUG